AUACAGGAGAGGGGUGAAGCGGCGAGCGAACUCGAGCUGGAAAAAGCAGCAGCAGACCAGAAACUCUCUUGCCGCACACCGCGUCCGUGACCGUGACCUCCCUGCCCGACGAGCGCUCUACCGAUGGCAUCUCAGGAUUCCAAGCCCGCGCAAGUCCCGGCCGCCACCGAGCUGACGGCCCCGGCGGCUGCUGCCGCUGGGGAGGCGCCGAAUCCGACUUCCCCGACAGCAGCCCCAAACCCUAGCUCCGCUGCGGCUGCCGCCGCCGGUGGGGCAGCCACGGAUCUGGAGAAGAAGAUGCGCCGCGCGGAGCGGUUUGGGACGCAGGUGGUGAUGUCCGAGGACGAGAAGCGAAGCAGUCGCGCCGAGAGGUUUGGGACUGGAUCUUCGAAUGAAAAGAUGGAGGAGCAGAAGAAGAAGUCCAGGGCUGAGAGGUUUGGCCUUCCUACGCCCUCUUCUGAUAAUACCGAGGCUAAGAAAAAAGCUCGCUUAGAGCGAUUUGGUCAGAGUACAGAAGUUGGCAAGGCGGAAGAAGAGAAGCGAAAGGCACGAGCCCUUAGGUUUGCAGGAGCACCUAGUGGGUCAUCUGAAGGAAAGGACAAAGACACCUCCAAGCCGGACGCGGCGACUGUAGCUGGCACGGCAUGAUGGAAAACAGCCCCUGCCUUUUGAGGGUCUCAGAUACGCUCGUUCCUCGAGACGUCGGUGAAGCCGUACCGUAGUUUGUACAAGACUAACAACACCAAUGGCGUCAUGUUGUCGGAGCCAUUCCUGUGCUGUUUGCUGUGUAGUGCUUGAUGACUUCCUUGCUGUACUCUGCUGGGAGCCAUUUGAGUGCUGUUUACCGUGUAGCACUUGAGGACUUCCUUACUGUACUCGCUGGGCAGCCUAUCGUCUGUUUGCUGGUUGGUCUGGGGACACCUGUGUACUACGUUUACUUCCUAGCCAUGCACUCGGGCCUUUUUUAGUUUU